AUACAACGUGAAUGAAGGAUGGCCGAGUAACAUGGCGGUAAGUGAGUACGUCAGUACGUCAGUGAUGCGUGUCAACAAGAGAUAGUUACACUAGAUCGUACUUAGCUAUCUUUAUUAUGCCCGAUUCAGAAUGAACAGCCUCGGUUUGAGUUUAAUUUUUAAAAUGGGCUGCAUAUGCUCUAAGGAAACAAUCACGGUAAAUUCAAGAAAUUACACUGUCCGUGAACAUCUUGGAGAGGGGGGAUUCAGCACUGUACUCUUAGUGGAAGAAGCGUCGACUCGUAAAAAGUACGCCGUUAAGAAAAUAGUUUGUCACGGUUUGGAAGAUCAGAGACUGGCGGCGAAGGAAAUCGAGUAUCACAAUCUUGUAAAGCAUCCGAACGUGAUAGAAUGCAUCGAUUCCGCUUACAAAGGAACAGCCGACCCUGUGGCCAAUGCUACAAGCGAAGUAUUAAUCGUUUUACCAUACUAUCAUAGAGGUACUCUCGCGUACGAAUUAGAGCGACGAUCUAAAACGAAGGAUUACAUGGGCGAGCUGGAUAUUUUAAAUAUUUUCUUACAAAUAUGCGAAGGCGUAAAAGCGUUUCACGAAGCGCAACCAGAACCGCUCGCUCAUAGAGAUCUGAAGACUGCAAAUAUAGUUCUCGGCGAUGGAAGUACACCCGUCAUAAUGGACUUAGGUUCCGUAGCUCCGGCUAGAGUUAAAGUAUGCGGCUCGCAAGCGGCGCAAGUCCUGCAAGAUUUAGCGGCAGAGCGUUGCUCGAUGCCUUACAGAGCACCGGAAUUGUUUAACGUCGAGAGCUACUGUAUGGUAGACGAACGGACGGAUAUUUGGUCUUUAGGAUGUAUUCUUUACGCGAUGUGUUAUUUUAAAUCGCCGUUCGACGCAGUAUACGAAAGAGGAGACAGCGUCGCUUUAGCUGUAAUGAGCGCGAAUAUCGCUUUCCCGGAAGAUGCACCUUACAACGAGGAUAUGCAGAAUCUGAUUUUAUCAAUGUUGAAAGUUAAUCCCAUGGAACGUCCUUACAUAUACAGCGUCAUAGAGAACGUGCAAGAUCUAAUUUCCAAGUUGGAAAACAAAGUGUAACGAACUGUAAAAAGCAAUAAUCUUUUUAUUUAUUCGACGAUUGAUGUACAGACAAUUUUUACCAUACCGUAAGAUUUAAGUUUGUCGUCCUAUGAGAAGAGAGAAACUGGACCCAAUCGUAUUGCAUCGUUUCAGUAUAUCGUGUGGUUACGUUCUAUUCGCGCGUAGACGUGAAAUAAGGAAAAAAACGAUUUCUAGAAAAUGCAUUUCUUACAGAUACUAUGCAUUUUAAUAUAUAUGUAAAUAGCAGCAUUUUAAACGAACACUUUUAUCGCACCGUGAAAUGUAAAGGUUCUUUGUAAUAGUAUAUUUUUAUAAAAUGCAACUCGGUACUUUUUUCCCGAAUUAUUACUCGACGUUACCACUGCGAGAAAUUAAUAUUCCGCUUCAAGGAAUGAAAAUUCGUAGUUAACAUUUUUCUAAUUUCGCAUUGAACAGACGUAUAAUGGCCUUCCCAGUGAAUUAGAUGAGAAUUUAACAGUGACUGUGGUGCACAACACAUUGGACCUCAAAAUGAUCAUUCGCAGUGCAAUAAUAACGAUCACCGUAUGCGAUGAUUGAAUGUGUAUAAGAAAAAUUAUGUAAAUAUUAUUCAAUACAUCUAAACAAUGAUUAUUUGUAAGAGUAAAAGGAUUCUAAGACGUCUCUACGACGUGUUUAAAUUUUUAUAAAAUUUAAACAUAUUUCUCUAUACGAUUAA